CGCCGGUCGAGGCCACGAAGUGACGGUGCGAGUGCCAAAAAAAAAAUGAACUUUCUCACUGAAACACCAUUUUUUAUUCCUUCCGGGCGAAUCAUGUAAGAGCGAGGUGCAAUGGAGCUCUUGCUCACCCUAUCAUGGUUGGUUCUAUGCGGACUGAGUCCAAGUUUUGCCAAUCCCGACGCCAAACGUCUCUACGAUGAUCUCCUCUCCAACUACAAUCGUCUCAUUAGACCCGUCGGCAACAACUCGGAUCGUCUCACAGUUAAAAUGGGACUACGUUUAUCUCAACUCAUAGACGUGAACUUAAAGAACCAGAUCAUGACAACAAACGUGUGGGUAGAACAGGAAUGGAACGACUAUAAACUAAAAUGGAAUCCGGAUGACUAUGGGGGCGUAGAAACCCUCCAUGUUCCUUCGGAGCACAUUUGGCUUCCAGACAUUGUGUUAUAUAAUAAUGCUGACGGAAAUUACGAAGUAACAAUAAUGACCAAAGCUAUCCUACAUCACACAGGAAAAGUAAUAUGGAAACCUCCUGCCAUCUAUAAGUCCUUUUGUGAAAUUGAUGUGGAAUAUUUCCCUUUCGACGAACAAACGUGCUUUAUGAAAUUUGGAUCCUGGACGUAUGACGGAUACAUGGUUGACUUAAGACAUCUAUCACAGGUGCAGGACUCAAACAAAAUCGACAUGGGCAUAGAUCUACAGGACUACUACAUAUCAGUCGAGUGGGACAUAAUGCGCGUGCCGGCAGUCCGCAAUGAGAAAUUUUACAGUUGUUGUGAGGAACCCUAUCCCGACAUUAUAUUCAAUAUCACACUACGCAGGAAGACCCUAUUCUACACCGUCAAUUUAAUCAUUCCCUGCGUCGGAAUAUCAUUCCUAUCAAUUUUAGUAUUCUACCUGCCCUCCGACUCCGGUGAAAAAGUAUCUCUUUCCAUCUCGAUCCUGCUUUCGCUCACCGUGUUUUUUUUGCUACUGGUCGAGAUCAUACCCCCCACUUCCCUUACAGUGCCUCUGCUAGGAAAAUACUUACUUUUUACAAUGUUAUUGUGUACGUUAUCGGUCGUAAUAACCAUCAUAGUGCUCAAUGUGAACUUUCGAUCACCAGUCACGCAUAAACUUGCACCGUGGGUUCGUGGUGUGUUCAUAGAUUUUCUACCGAAAUUCCUGUUCAUCGAUCGACCUAAAAAAGAUGAUGACGACAACAAGGGUCAGGACAGCAUGUUAACAGACGUCAUCCAAUUACCAAUGAUGGACAAAUGCAAACCGUAUGAGAAAACGUCUUUCGACAGUUUCGAUCUAGGUCUUCCACCUCCAAGAUUCGAAGUGCCACCUUCUUGUUUUGGAGAACCACCAUUUCCUCUGCCAUUGACCGGAGGAGAUGAAGAAUUGUACAGUCCCGCUAGUUGUAGAACAAAUACAUUCGAUGGCACGAGUGACGCCAGUCCAUCGUUCGAAAAACUCGACCUCCACGAUAUGGAGAAAACUAUUGCAGAUUCCAGAUUCAUUGCUCAACAUGUUAGAAAUAAGGAUUCAUUUGAAAACGUGGAAGAAGAUUGGAAAUACGUUGCUAUGGUAAUGGACCGACUUUUCCUUUGGAUAUUCACAGUGGCUUGCAUUGUCGGCACGGGCAUUAUUAUUUUUAAUGCUCCAUCUCUAUAUGAUACCACCAAACCCAUUGACGUUCUCAUCUCGAAAGUAGCCAAGAAGAAAAUGGCUUUACUAAAAAUGGUGCCAGAAGAACUGUGAAAAAAAACGCGUGUGAAAGUCUGUUACCAUUGAAGACUCAGAUAACGAUGAUAAUCACUAAUAUAGUAAUUGUUAUGUUAUGUAAUUGAUAAAUCAAUAAUAUUACA